UUUCCGCUCUCCCAUUGGUCCACAAGCGGCUGACUGCACGAGAAUAGAAGAAGUUUUGGAGUCAGCAGGCAGUAGAGUUCAGUGUGUGAGCUGUCCGUCUGACAACAAGUGGCUUUCCGCAGAGACAGAGGUCCGCAGCACCGAGGACAGUCAUCUGCUUCACUUUGAAUAUCCUAUGUGUAGCUAUGUUAGUAUCAAAGUAAUGACUACCAGAAUCAGAGUUAUCAUUUAAGAAAAACCUGAAAAACUGGUCUUCCUCUGCGGUGUGUUGCCUCCUCUGUGUGCUGUGAGUAAUUAGUUAAUUUGGAUCACCCGGCGCUCCCGGUUAAACCUGACGGGAAACCUGGCUACAAGUCGCCAGGUGGAAGGCGACAAAAGGCUGCUGUGCGCUUCAGCGUUUCAACUUUUCACUUACUCCUUUGAACUUUCCUCUAUCUGUCCAACAUGUACAGCAUGAUGGAACACGAGCUGAAGCCGACCGGCCAGCCCCCUUCUCACCAGACCUCCCAGGGAAUGUCACCGGUCACCGGCAACAUGACCGGUAACAUGGGCAGUAAUGGCAACUCUCACCCGAGCUCCAAAACGGCAUGUGCGCCUGGAGGUGACCCCAUGGAUAAAGUGAAGCGACCCAUGAACGCCUUUAUGGUCUGGUCCAGGGGACAGAGGCGCAAGAUGGCUCAAGAAAACCCCAAAAUGCACAACUCUGAAAUCAGUAAACGUCUGGGAGCUGAGUGGAAACUCCUGACUGACGCCGAGAAGCGACCCUUCAUCGACGAGGCCAAGCGGCUCCGAGCAGUACACAUGAAGGAGUACCCAGACUACAAGUACAAGCCACGCCGCAAGACAAAACCUCUGCUUAAAAAGGACACUCAAGUGGGCAAGUACCCACUGUCCGCUGGGAACAUGCUGGCGGCGGCGGCGGCGCAAGGCCAAGGUGGAAGUCCUAGGAUGGAGAGCUACGGCUGGGGCCCCACCGGGGGGUACGCCGGCAUGCAGGGUGAGGCGCUCGGCUACACACAGCAGUUACACCGGUAUGACCUGUCGGCUCUCCAGUACCCACCUGCAAUGACGGCACAGACGUACAUGAACGGAGCCAACUCGUACAGCCCUAUGUCAUACAGUAGCAGUCCCCAGCAGCCGAGCCCUGUCACCAUGUCCAUGGUGAAAGCAGAACCAGUGUCCCACUCACCUCCAACGGGGACGCCAAACCACCACCGGGGGCCUUUGCAGGGUGACCUUAGGGACAUGAUUAGCAUGUAUAUUCCUGGACCAGGAGGGGAUGCCGGCGACCCCACGACAGCACAAAGGGGCUACACUAGUGUCCAGCAGCACUACCUCACCGGAACCGUCCCACUUACACACAUCUAAAACUGAAGUAGGAAUCAUGCAGAGGUUUAACUGACUGGGAGGGACGAUGCACAGCUGACCGGACAGGCAACGGAGACAGUCGUGGGAGACUUUAGACUGGCAAAGCAAAGAGACACACAAUAUUAAGGAAAUAACACCUUUUGUUCCUGCAUUCAACAGUGUCAUAGUUCCAGAUGUGCCUGCAAUUACACACAAGUGAUGUCAAUUUUUAUAUAUAUAUAUAUAUAUAUAUAUAUAUAUAUAUAUAUAUAUAUAUAUAUAUAUAUAUAUAUAUAUGAAAUGCUGUUUUUCUACCUCUUUGGUGCCAUCUGUUCAGAGAAAUGCCACAUCCACCCACCAAACGUACAUAGCUGAGACUCCUCUCCAGCAGACUUCUGUCCAUGAAAGAAAUGAAGACAGGGGCAACUUCUGUUUAUUAUGUACAUAUUAGGAAAUGUUACUUUUGUCUUUUUUAUAUUUUUUAGAACUUAUCCAUAUAAGUCUUAAGAUUACUUAAUGCCACCCUAAACACUUGUGACACUGGCACUCUUGGCAGUUUCACUAUGCCCAGGCAGUCAGUGGCGAGGGACUAGUUUUCUACUGUUUGACCAUGGAGCCAGUCCUUGCUGUCUUCAACCACAGCAGUGACAAACAACCUGGCAACCUGGUUGAUGGAUCAGUCAGCUGGUGAUAAACACAUCAUCUGAGCUGAAGUGCUUUAGUUGGUCAUUUGUAGUUGCUGUCCUGACGUGUGAGUGGAGCUGGAGAACAGCUGGGUGUCGGUGGAGAAAACCGGAAGGAAAUGCACAACUUCAAUGACAGAGCUGUUAAAAUGAACUCUUUGUGCCUUGGCUUUGGUUUUAUACUCUUCUAUUUUUUUUGUAUACUUUAUUUUUUAGUGAUGGAAUUCUGUUGGAUGACAUGGAAAACACCUGUUGGACAAUCAGCACUGCAUCCACAGGAAACUAACAGAAUACAUUGGCUUCUAUCAUCUGUGGUGUUGCUUAAAAUGUAGAACCAGUCUGAUUUCUUCAUUCAGUAUGACCAGUAUUCUCAGUCACACCACAUCGCUGGAUUUAGUGGAGUAUUAGAAGAUGUGUGGUGCUGUUUUUGCUGUCUGAGUUUUAUUUGCUAUAAUUAGUUUUAGAUUUGACCUUAUGUAAAUGUUCAGGUGCAUUGUUCUGGCAGCAUCCUGCAUAUUCAUUGUCACUUUGCUCUAGGCAAGAGUUUUAUUGUUUUUAGGCUUUUCAUUAAGUGAAUGGAAUUUAAUAUGAAAUGCUACAUUUCAGUUGAGUUGUUUUAUUCCAGCAGAUUAAGACUUGCAAGUUAUGUCUUCCACAAAGUACUCUGGAUUGAUAAAAAGGCCUUCCAGGCAUGUUUUUAAUGACCUGUCAGUUAUUUCUGUUUUUACCAAAAGUAAAGGGUCUCAAUAAGUUUAAGAUUUUAUCUCCAGCAAACCUUCCAUCCUGUUUCUUAACUUUUUCUGAUUAACUUUACCUGUGGGUAAUAUUAUUCUAUAAAAUAAAAGUGUUUUUAAUCUUGGUUUUCUCAAACUGACAGUAGUCAUUUGUCUGUUUUUCUGUCUAGAAUACUGUGUGGUUACUAGUGCUGCUAUGGACCUAAAGGGAACUUUUAUUUUCAUUUUCAAACUACAAAACUGUGAAUAUUAAAUGUGGUAGAUUACAGUUAUUCCAUUACUAACUAAACAUGCACUGGAAACAGAUGCCUGACUUAUUUUUGAAAAAGGGAGAGCAGUUCUUAAAGUAAUGCAUGAAUGUUUACAUUGCUACCCGAGUAUUUGAAAACUUAACUUUUAUACUGACUUUUAUCUCUAUUUUUAGAAUGAAUCCUCUUGUAUGUAAAUGCAGCCAUAUUGUAGUUACUGUAGCUUUGUGUAAAUAAUGUAUAAAUUUGUGGGCUCUUACACUAAGAGUCUGUCUUUUGAUUAAAAAAAAAAUGUUAUGGCAUUCAUGACAAUAUUAAAAAGUCCAAAUUCUUUUUUCAUUA